AUGGAACAAAAUGAAACAGAUGAACCAACAAAAAUUUUAAUUAAUGAUAAAGAAAUAGAUAAGGAUAAAAGACUCAAUAAAAUAGAAUCAUAUAUAAAAAAUUUUUUCAAUAAUUUAUUUAGCAAAAGUCCUUUAAAUGAUUCAUUUCCAUAUAAGAACAAAGCUCUCGAAAAUACAUUCUGGUGCUCACAAACAAUUUACAUCAGAAUAAUUUUACUGUCAUGCUUCUUUUCAUUUGUUGUAUCAUGGAAUCAGAAUAUAGCGUUAAUAGGUGACGAUGGGUUAACACCAGCAAAGGAUUAUGUUAAUAAAAUAUUAGAAGAUUUAAAAAAUGAAAAUAUAUGGACAAAAAUUCAAAACUUUCAUUCACUUUUUUUGUUUUUACCUGUCUGUAAUUUCAUUAUAAAUUUAUUACCUGUUAUAGGAAUGAUAUUAAGUUUAUCUGGCUUGUUUUUAAAUUGUAUAAAUGUUAUAAUAAUUUUAUCAAUUUAUAUUCUUUUACAAUCUAUUUAUAGUAUUGGAAAUGUAUGGUUUAAUUAUGUAUAUGAGCUAGAAUUGUUAGAAUUAGUUUUUUUAUGUAUGUUUCUUGUUCCUUUAUAUAAAAAUCAUUUAAAAAAAAAAUAUUCUGCCACAUUCUUGAUUCAAUAUAUUGCAAGAUUUUUUGUUUUUAAAGUUUUAAUCGGAUCAAGUUUAAUAAGAUUAAAAAAUAGUGAUUUAUGGGGAAAGUUAGAAGGAAAAUAUUAUAUUUAUGAAACGCAUCCUCUUCCAUCAACACUUUCUUAUUUUUUGCAUGCUUCUCCUCUUCUUAGUAAAUUAGACAAUUUAUUUUCUAUAUUAACAGAAUGUGUAUUUUCUUUUUUUAUAUUGUUUCCAAUUAGAUCAUUUAGACUAAUAGGGGGUUCUAUUAUUUUUAUUUAUUGUCUUCUUAAUUUUUUUACUGGAAAUUCAUAUUUAUUUUAUUUUUUACUAUUAGCUCCAUUAAUGUUUUGUUUUGAUGAUAAUAUUUUAUUAAGAUUUUUUUUUAAAUGGAGAAGAAAUGAAAUACUUAAUAUAGUUAAAGAAAAAUUAAUAAAUCAAAAUAAAAGCAAGCGUUAUUUUAAAAGUUUUAAUAUAUUUUAUUUUUCUGGAAUGAAUAUAGAGGAAUUAAGCAAAAUGUAUGAUACUUAUUUUAACUCUAACAAAGAAAAAAAUACUUUAGUACAAGAAGAAGAAUUAAUAUCCCGAUCUGGUUCUAAUGAAAUUUGCUUUUAUAAAAAUGAAAGUAUUUUUAAAAAUAUAAAAAAUGACUUAUGCAAUAUUUUCUACUGGAUAUAUUCAAAAAAUGGGUUACAAUAUUUUAUAAGGAACAAAAAUUUAACAUUUGAAAUAAUAUCUCAUAUAAUUUGUUCAUUAAUUAUAAUUAUUUAUAUUUGUAUUACAACUAUAUAUCCUAUGACUACAUUGUAUUUUAUUUUUUACCUACUAAUAUUUACCUUAUAUGCUUUUUAUAUAUUUUUUUAUACUGAUAAUAUAAUCUCUAAAGUUAUCAGUCAGAUUUCUUUAUUAACUUCUCUAUUAUUAAUUUAUUCAAAUCAAAUAUUUUUCUAUGGAUUUGUCAAUAUGUUUCAUGUUUCUUUAUUUUUUAUUCAUUUAAUUUGUUUAUUUAUUUUAUCCACCUUUUUCUUAAACAAUAGAAGAUUUAUUUUCAAAUUUACUGCACAAUAUUUUUAUUUUAUUUUAUUUAUUUAUUUUUUGUCUUUUUUUAUUCGAAAUAUUUUAUCCCCUUAUCAAGUUAUGAAUGCAGAAUAUGGAUCAUUUGAACUGAUGAAUGUAUAUGGAUCAUUUGGAAAAAUAAAAAAAGCUAGAAAUGAAAUUAUUAUUCAAGGAACAGAUGAUAAAAAUAUAAAUGAGAAUACAUUAUGGAAAAAUUAUGAAUUUAACUGCAAACCCGAUAAUGUAUAUAAAAGCAUGUGUAAUCAAUUUAGAUUUAUAUUUCAUUUUAUACCCAUUAUUUAUAUAGAUAGAUUAGAUUGGCAGUUAAGUGCAUUAAGUGAUAAAGAUAAUGAAACAAUUUUAGAAGUUCAGUGGUUUAAAAAAUUUCUAACAAAGUUAUCUAUGAAUGAUAAAAAUAUCAUCUCCUUAUUAUAUAAAAAUCCUUUCAUGGAAAAAGAGAUAAAACUUCCUUUCUAUCUAAGAAUUUUAAAUAACGUAUACAAAUUUUCCGAAAAAGGUGAGAAACAAUGGUGGGAUGUCGUUUCAUCUAAAGUCAUAGUAGAACCUUAUCAUAUUCCAUUAAUAGUAGACAACUUUACAAAAAAAAAUAACGAAAUGGAUCAUAAAAAUUAUAUGAUAUCUAAUGUUUUUCAACAAAUCAAUAGACAAAGUAAUCACAACUUGAGAAAACAUAUGAAAAAACUUCAAAAGAAAUAUGAGAAAGAAAAAAAACUAAAAGAGAAAAAAAUUGAAGAGCAGAGAAAAAUUGAAGAACGAAAAAAAAUUGAACAAAAAAAAAAAUUAGAAGAACAGAGAAAAAUUGAAGAAGAAAAAAAAAAAUUAGAACAAAGAAAAAUGGAGGAACAGAGAAAGAUUGAAGAAGAAAAAAAAAAAUUAGAACAAAGAAAAAUGGAGGAACAGAGAAAAAUUGAAGAACAAAAAAGAAAAUUAGAACAAAGAGAAAUGGAGGAACAGAAAAAGAUUGAAGAACAAAGAAAAAAAUUAGAAGAACAAAAAAAAAUUGAAGAAUAUAAUAUAUCUAAAAAAAAAAAAUUUUUAGAGAAACAAAGAAAAUUUCUAGAAGAAAAAGAACUUGAAGAACAAGAAAGAAAUGAUAAAGAAAGGAAAAAAUUCGAAAAACAAAGAAAAAUCGAAGAACAAAAAAUAUUCGAAGAACAAAGAAAAAUUGAAGAAGAGAAAAAAAAAUUAAGAGAACAGAAAAAAAUCGAUGAAGAGAGAAGAAAAUUAGAAGAGCAAAAACAAAUUAAAGAAAGGAAAAGAAUUGAAGAAGAAAAGCAAAAAUUAGAAGAAAUGAAAAAAAAUAUCGAAGAAAAAAAAAAAUUGGAACAAAAAAGUGAACAACAGAAAAAUUAUAAUAAAUCUGAUGAAGAAUUAGAUGAAAGAUUAAAAAAUGAAUUACUAUCAGAAAAUAAUAUAAACGUAUCGACAAUUCAUAAAUUAAACAAUUCAAAUAAUUUACAACAUAUAAAAAUACAUGAUGAAAACUUAAGUGACAACACAAAAAGAGAAUUAAAUAAAUUAAUAGACGAAAAAUUAGACAAUGAAUUAAACGAAAAAUUAAAAGAAGGUGAGCCUUCUAAAGAGUUAAAGAAAAUAAAUAAUUACACGAAAAAUGAUAAUGGAGAAAUAAUAGAAUCAGAGGAAGAAGUGAAUGAAGAAAUAGAUGAAGAGAAAAUAAAAGAAUCAGAUAAUGAAAUUGAAGAAAAAAAAAAAGAAAAUUUAAAUGAAGAAAUAGAAGAUGAUGAAAAAUUAGAAAAUGAAUCAAAUGAAGAUAUAGAAGAAGAGAUGCAGAAAGAAUCAAGUGGUGAAAUUGAAGAAAAAAAAAAAGAAAAAUCAAAUGAAGAAGUAGAAGAUGAUGAAAAAUUAGAAAAUGAAUCAAAUGAAGAUAUAGAAGAAGAGAAGCAAAAUGAAUCAAGUGGUGAAAUUGAAGAAAAAAAAAAAGAAAAAUCAAAUGAAGAAAUAGAAGAUGAAAAAUUAGAAAAUGAAUUAAAUCAAGAAAUAGAAGAAAAAGAGAAUGAAAAUGAAGAAUUCAUAAAAGAUGAAAUAAAGCAGAAAGAAGAAUUAGAAAAGGAACUAUAUGAAGAUAUAGAAGAAAAAGAAAAAGAAAAAAAUGAAAUAACAACCAAAGAAAAAAAAGAUAAGUUAUCAAAUGAAAAAAGUAAACAAAAAUUAGAAAAUGAAACUAAUAUAAAUGAAGAAAAUAUAAAUAAAAAUGAAAAAAAUAAUUUUAAUGAAUUAAAAGAUAUAAAUAUGAAAAAAGAUGAAGAAUUAAAAAAACGUAAAUCUAAUGUGGCAUCUUAUGAAUUUAAAAAAUUCAUGCUGGAUAAAAAUAUGAAGAAUAAAUUAGAUAACGCUAUUAAAAAUUCAUAUACAAAAUAUAAAUUAUUAAGUAAUUACUCCGAUAAAAUUAAUAAAUUAGGAUUAUUUAAUUUAUAUAAUGAUCAAAAUAAAUCUAUAGCAGUUAACAAAUUAAAAGAAAGAUCGAAUUAUAAAGGAGAUGAUGAUGUUUAUCUGAAGGAUGCUAUUUACGAUAAUGAUAAUGAUAAAAAAAAUACUUCACAAAAAUAA